AUGACAGAAAGGGAGCUCCACGCCGAUGUCCGGAAGUUCUAUGACGAUACCUCCCAAACUCUAACCGGCCUCCGACCCUAUCCCACCGAACGAGAAGUCCAAGACGCAGCCGCGACGUGGCAGCAGAAGGACAAUAUCGAGAAUGCCAUCCGCGAAGCUAUGGGAAAGGACAGCUCAGGCAUCAACGAUACUACAAACACGGUCAUACCUCUCAACAACGUCGAGAAACGCGCUCUGAUCAACGAGAUUGACCAUUCAUUCUCUGAGAACGGGAUGUGGAUGGUCAUCUUCACCGUUAGUCUGAGUGCCUUUCUCCAGGGCUUUGUCCAGAGCAGUCAGAACGGCGCAAAUCUGUUUGCUGAUCAGUGGCUUAAAGAGUCUGGUAGUCCUGUCAACUCGCAGUUCGCCUAUGCCAAUGCCGCAGUAUACCUCAGCGCUGCCGUUAUAGGAUGUCCUCUUGCUGCACCGAUGAGUUCACUUUUUGGUCGCCGUGGUGUCAUUAUCGUUGCAUCCUUUCUCAUCUUUGCGGCAUCCGUUGGCUCGGCUUGUAUUACGCUAAAUGAUAAUGCUUGGCUAGUUCUCGGGAGCAUUCGACUAAUAGGUGGUGUCGGUAUGGGCUUGAAAGCUACUAGUACCCCCAUCCUCGCAGCGGAAACAGCAGUUGGCUCGUGGAGAGGCUCCUCCGUUCUGUUAUGGCAGCUAUGGGUCUCGUUUGGCAUCAUGAUGUCUUUUGUGGUCAAUAUCUGUCUGAACCAGAUUGAUGACAAGAAGCUAAAACUACGCUUGAUUCUGGCAUCUCCAGCAGUGUUUGCGCUUAUGCUCAUGUACACUGUCGCCAAAUGCCCCGAGUCAUUCCGCUACUACUUGAUGCCCGGCUCAAGAAAGUAUAGCCCUGAAAAGGCAUAUGCCUCUUUGUUGAGAUUGCGCAACACCAAGAUACAAGCUGUCAGAGACUUGUACUUGACAUACAAGGGAAUAGACAGUGAGUUCAAAAACGAAGAAUACGAUAGCAUCAAGGCCAUCCCAAAACUUCAAACGCCAGUGGUUGGGGCUAUCAGUCAUUAUGUGCUGCAGUACUGGAGAAUACUGAAAGUCCAUCGCCUUCGAAAUGCAGCUAUUACAACAGGGAUUGUGGCUUUGUCGCAGCAGCUUUCUGGAAUUAACCUUAUGGCAUUCUACGGUGGGACGACACUUGUUGGCCUCGGCCCAGGCGAUCAGCCAACAGAUGAUCAAAUCUCCAAGGCCAUGCUAUACAACUUAAUCUUUGGUCUGUUGAACUUCUUGUUCUGCUUGCCUGCAAUUCACUCCAUAGACGUUCUGGGAAGAAGGAAAGUUCUUCUGUUCACGAUCCCAGGCAUGGCCUUGACCUUGAUGGCAGCUGCAAUAAGCUUUUAUGCAGUGAAUGAGAAGGCGAGGAACGAGGUGGUAGCCUUCUGGAUCUACUUCCAUACAGUGUUUUACAGUCCCGGAAUGGGACCAGUGCCGUUCGUCUUAGCUGCGGAGAGCUUUCCUUUAGCUUUCCGUGACACUGGCGCGUCGCUUGCAAUAUCCAUCAACCUUCUGUUCGCCGGCCUCCUGGCGUGGCUACAGCCCCUACUGGUCGCUGGUAUCAAAUUUGGGGGAACCCUUGGGGUAUUUGCUGGCCUGAACGUUGUUGCUUUUGUUCUCAUCUUUCUCCUGAUGGAAGAAACCAGUGGCGUGCCUCUUGAGUCACUAGGGUCGGUUUUCGACCAGCGCAAGAGGGAUUUAAUCAGCUUCCAACUCAAAGAGUUCUUACCAUGGCUCGGUCGGUUCAUUCUUGGUAGGAGUAGUCUUACUGAGAGACCUGAACGAAUUGUCGACCUGGAUCCGAGCUCGGCGCCAGCUGCUUCGGUGACUGAUGAUGAGGAGGAGCGCAUUUGGAAUAGCGACAGUGUUUCGACUGGGAUGAGGCUGACCGAGAUGUCAGGAGGGAACGGGAGAGGCUGA